AUGGUUUCUCACACUGGAGAGUUCCCUUCGUGGCAAUUGCCCCGUGUUCAGUCGCCCGGCUAUGGUGCUUCACCUACAUUCAACGUCGUCUUCCUCUGUUUACUGGAAGAGAGCCAGAGACGGGAGAUACUCGACGAGCUGUGCGCUGUUGACGAGACAUGGACGGAGGACCGACCAGCUCCUGAUUGUCACAGGCUGGUGCGACGCCUCACUGAAGUAGCCUGGCUUCGCGACUCCGAGCCGUCGCCAGCGUCGAUACCGUCCACCAUAUUCCAGAUCUAUAGGAUGACGAGCCACUGGCUUUCGUUGAUAUUUGUAGACAGACAAUCCGUCACGGAUGGCACCGCCAUUGUCCUCAGGGGUGAACACCAGGGUGGAGAGGCUGCGCGGGUGCCGAUGAACAGAGCUGUUCUGGCUCUGGAAUCCGAAAAAUCACUGGCUCAAGUCUUGCCAGAUUUUGAGAGCGUUAAAAUUGUGCUUGGGGGGUCCCCUUCAAACACCGUGGAGGGGCAGGGCGACAAGGCUGGGACGAGCUGCUGGCUCCCCCCUCAUUUACCCUCCGAUCUGAAACCCGAGCCGUCAAGCUUAGACCUGAUCUCCCUCGUUCACCUGACCGACGAGAAGAGGGGUGAAAUCAAGGCUGCAAUUGGCAGCUCCGAUGGCAUUUCUAAUGUCGUCAUUUACAACUGGCCCGCGGACCGUGAGCCUUGCUCCAGAGCGGAGUUGUAUCGGAUUUUCCAAGCCAUAAAGCCCCCUUACCAGGAAGCCGUGGAUGAGAUGUUUUCCAUGUUCAUCGACCAAGACGAGACGCGUGAUGGAGAGUACUGCAUCAUUCUUGCACAAAAGACUUUCUCGGGCCGUAGGCCAAUUCUCCUACACACUCUGUGCGACAUAGGAGAUGCUCUGGGCUUCUGGCAUGCUAUCUGGAAUCCCUUCGAGCACGGUAGGCGCGGCACUCGGCUCAACAAUGCCAGGGUUAACACGACACUUUUCGAUGGUCCUCUGCAGGCGAGAAAAUGGCCAUUCGAAGUUGUGCCAUGUCCAGACCAUUUCAAUUUCUUCACUGCCCAUACCGACUACUGCUGCUUUGUCCUCUCCCAGAUGACGGAAACGCAGUUCCGGCACGUCCGCCAAGAGCUCUUCAGCGAGGUCGAGGAUACAAUGCAGUUUAUAGACGUAGCCAACCUCGUCGGGACGCCAGAUAUUCCGGGUCUGAUGGCGUACUUUGAAUCUGACCAGUAUGUGAAAUCGGGCCAGGAUGAACUGCCCCAGUUUUUCCUCGCGAUCGAUGACAGGACUCUCACCGGAGUGGCAGACGGAGAAACCAUGGAUCUGGUCGUCGUCGCAGACCGGCUGGCUCUCCGUGCAGACAUAUGUGACGAUAAUGGCUAUUGCUAUGGUUCUUGGUCGCCCGGUUACGCCUACAGCCGACUAGACGCCGAAAUGGCUGUGAACCUCUGCACCAACCUGUCAGUUUGCAACAUGGACUUUGUCGAAUGCUGCGAAGACCCCGAAUUCUCCUGCUGGAGCGUGUUUCAACGAUGGAAGGAUGCGAACGAAGGCGUAUUCAGACGGACGCUCGGCAGAGUAGACGUAGAAGGCAUGUGCCGUGAUCUAGGGGAACUGUCUGCUUAA